AUGCCUCGCUCCGUUCCCCCGUUCAUCUCUGCUUCGCACAAUGAGCCGGACGAGGGCGGCAACUCCGGUGCUCGCACAGCUCCACCAUCCCCAACAGCGUACCGUCGAUCUCAGAGCUACCUCUCCGAACCGCAUACGGGAUACCAGUCACUCGAAUCACACUUAGAAAUCGGCGAAACAACCAGUCUAUUAGGCCCAGAGAGCCAGCGCAGAGCCCCGCGGCGCUCCUAUACCAGCACGUCGGGUAUCUCAGGCCCGGACUCGCUCCGCUAUCUCUUGACCGCCGGAAGUUUGCGCAGGACUCGCAAUCACAGCCGACGAAACUCACAGGCUCGACAAUUCAGUCGACGAGGGAGUAGUGGAGAUGAGAGCAGACCCGCUAGCUUACCGCCAUCUGCGAAGGACGGUUUGACCGCCUCGUCGUUCCUGGACGAGCGGAUGUGGUACGACCAGUUCACCUCGACAGACUGGGUCCACGAUAGCAUUGCCGAUGGCGAACGUCUCCGCAAGCUUCGGCGUCGCAAGGACUUCCGCGGUCGAAUGCUCGCAUGGUUCGACGGCGCGCAGGGGUGGGUUCUGGUGGCUCUCAUUGGAUGCAUCACGGCCGCAAUCGCCUACUUUGUCGACGUUACGGAGGAUGCGAUAUUCGAUAUGAAACUCGGCUUCUGCUCGACAAAUUACUUUGCGGGGCGGGAGAAAUGUUGCGACGGGCUGCACAGUUGUCCCGAGUUCCUUUCUUGGGCGCAAAUCUUCUGGCCUUCCGGUGUGGACCAUCAAUGGGUCAAUUACGCCAUGUUCAUCCUGUGGGUGGUUGCUCUAGCCAUGAUCUCUUGUGCCUUGACUCUCCUUACCAAGACUGUUGUCCCAUCAUCCAUCUCCUUAACUACACUUGACGAGAACCUUGGUGCAGACAACCGCGGCGCCAAACAAAACACUGACACUCCUGGGUUUGGGUCUCCUUCGUCUAUGACGAGUCCCCAUGGUACGUUUCCCAACGCUCCCUCACGCCCAGCCAUGGUUUAUUAUUCCGCCGCCGGCAGUGGUGUGGCAGAAGUGAAGGUCAUCAACAGCGGGUUCGUACUUCACGGAUAUUUGGGUGUGAAGACCCUGGUUGUCAAGACGAUCGCUCUCAUUUUCAGCGUUUCUUCUGGCCUUAGUCUGGGCAAAGAAGGCCCGUAUGUGCACAUCGCCACCUGCGUCGGCAAUAUUUGCUGCAGACUUUUUGCCAAAUAUAAUCAGAACGACGGCAAGCGACGAGAGGUCUUGAGUGCCAGUGCUGCCAGCGGUGUUGCCGUUGCCUUCGGUGCCCCCAUCGGCGGUGUUCUGUUCAGUUUGGAAGAAGUCAGCUACUAUUUCCCUCCAAAGACCCUGUUUCGGACGUUCUUCUGCUGCAUCGCGGCUGCGCUGUCCCUGAAAUUCCUCAAUCCGUACGGAACCGGAAAGAUCGUCCUCUUCUCUGUUCGUUAUCUAACCGACUGGGCGAUUUUUGAGAUCUUCUUGUUCAUCUUUCUCGGUGUGCUCGGUGGCGCACUGGGCGCCCUGUUCAUCAAAGCAUCCAGCUGGUGGGCUCGUUCAUUCCGCCGUAUUCCAAUCAUUAAGCGCUGGCCGAUGCUGGAGGUAUUCCUCGUCGCAUUCCUGACCGGUAUCGUCAGCUUCUGGAACCGGUACACAAAGUUGCCUGUCACAGAACUCUUGUUAGAGCUUGCAAGUCCUUGCGAGCGAGUCUCGUUCGAAAGCACGGGAUUAUGCCCUCAAGAAGAUGGUAUUCUGGAUGUCAUCCGAUUACUCCUUGUUGCCUUCGUCAUCAAAAGUCUCUUGACUGUUGUGACAUUCGGCAUCAAGGUGCCAGCCGGUAUCUACGUGCCGUCCAUGGUUGUCGGCGGUCUGAUGGGACGGAUUGUCGGGCACACGGUGCAAUACUGGACGAUCAGGUAUCCGACCUUCUUCCUAUUUGACUCGUGCCCCAACAUUGCGGGUAUGGAGUCUUGUAUAACCCCGGGUAUCUAUGCGAUGGUUGCUGCUGGUGCCACUAUGUGCGGUGUCACUCGGUUGUCGGUGACCCUCGCCGUUAUUCUCUUUGAGUUAACGGGGAGUCUCGAUCACGUACUGCCCUUCUCACUGGCGGUUCUCUGUGCCAAAUGGACUGCAGAUGCCAUUGAGCCUCGCAGUAUCUAUGACUUCUUGACGGACAUGAACUCGUAUCCCUUCCUGGACAACAAACUACAACCGCUCUCCGACGCAGAGCUUGGCGACAUCGUUCGCCCGGCCCGCAAGGAUCGCAUCAUCGAUAUCUCACAUUCGCCCUUCGUGCCUGCCACGGAGCUUCGUGCCAAACUUGAAACUCUCUUGAUGGCCGGAGAACUUGACAGCGGCCUUCCGAUUCUGCGCGACGGUAUCCUGAAGGGCCUGAUCCCGGCACCGGACCUGGAGUUCGGGCUGGAUGAGCUUGGCGAGGACGAAGAUAAUACGUUGUGUCUAAUGGCAAUGGACUCAUCCAUUGCGGUUUACGACAGCGAUAACGACGAUGCCAUCCAGGAGGACUUCACUCGUUUUAUUGACCCAGCUCCAAUGGCUCUGGAUGUCCAUUCGCCGAUGGACCUCGUCUACCAGUGCUUCGCAAAGCUGGGCUUGCGCUACAUUUGUGUCGUCUCGAAUGGACAUUACACUGGCCUUGUGCAUAAGAAGGCCUUUGUAAAGUUCAUGAAAGAGAACGAAUAG